AUGGUUCCCGGAAUCGCGGCGUCCGCUGAUCCAGUUCUCCAAGCACGGCUCUUUGCCUACCCCAAUGCAGCGCGCUACCGCCUCGGCGUGCAAGUCUACUGUCCUCUCCAACGUGACGGAGCCAUGCGGUUUGAUGAGAACUAUGGCAGCAACCCCAACUAUGUCGGAUCCUCCAUUAAGCCCACGAGGUUUUAUCAGGAGCAGAAGGGAGGUGGCGCUUCAGCACUGGCCCUACACACCGAGCACGAAAAGUGGGUGGGAGAGGUCUCCGCCUACACCAGUGAGAUCACGGACGACGAUUUCGUGCAACCCGCAGCGUUGUGGGAUAUCGUUGGCCGCGAGGCCGGUCACCAGGACAGGGUCAUUGAAAACCUUGUCGGCAGCAUCAAGGGUGUUACGUAUCCUGAGUUCCGCAAGGCUGUGUACAGCCUUUUCGGCCGUGUCAACCACGACCUCUGGUCUAAGCUAGAACAGCGUACUGAAGCAGCUAUCAAGGCUGCGGGGCCCUAA